CAAUGGAGGUGACUUUAUCCAUACAAAAACUGGAGCACUACGAGUGGCUGAAGUGAUGAUUGCAGUAUGAUAUAAGAAUAUAAAAGGAGAGUGAAAAACAUGAGAAUGGGUGGUAGAUGUGGAACAAGUUCCUUAUUUUGUUGUGGCACUAGGGGCCUGUGCGUUUUCACCUCCUUUCCCUCUCUCCCCUCCACUUUUCGCCACCAACCACAAUCACUCUCUUUCUCUCUCUCCUUCCCUAAACCUCUUAAACUCAUGUCUCAACCCGUGACCCUAAACUCUGCAACUGUUGAGGAUGCUGAGGAUUCUUCCGCAGCGCCUCCCCUCUUCGAUUAUCAUCGUAUUGACAAAAAACUGCUCCAAAACAUCGUUAACGAUGCUCUUGUUUGGAGCACCCUCAACUGCCUCCUCGUUGGUGACAGAUCUGUUCAGAGAUCUGGAACCGUUCCUGGUGUGGGCUUGGUGCAUCUCCCACUUUCCUUAUUACCCUCGCCAUUUCCUGAAAGUUAUUGGAAGCAAGCGUGCGAAUUAGCUCCUAUAUUUAAUGACCUUGUUGAUCGGGUCAGUCUGGAUGCAAAAUUUCUCCAGGAAUCUCUCUCCAGAACUAAGGAAGCGGACGAAUUUACCUCAAGACUUUUAGAUAUCCAUUCCAAGAUGCUACAAAUUAACAAAAAAGAGGAGAUACGCCUGGGAAUAAUGCGUUCAGAUUAUAUGAUUGAUGAAAAGACUAAAUCACUCUUGCAAAUAGAGAUGAACACUGUUUCCACUGCAUUUGCUGUUAAUGGUUGUCUUCUGACUGGACUUCAUAGGAGUUUGCUUUCUGAUUAUGGAAAGCACCUUGGGCUAGAUUCCGAAAGGGUUCCUUCCAAUAAUGCUGCUGAUAAGUCUGCCGAGGCCUUGGCUAAAGCUUGGAACGAGUUUAACAACCCCAGGGCUGUAGUUCUGGCCGUAGUUCAGGUUGUAGAAAGAAACAUGUACGAGCAGCAUACUAUUUCCGCAAUUCUAAAAGAAAAGCAUCAUGUGAAAUCCAUACGAAAAACGUUGGCAGAAGUUGAUCAGCAAGGGGAAAUUCUGCCAGAUGGAACACUUUCUGUGGACGGACAUGUAAUUGCAGUUGUUUACCUCCGGGCUGGCUACACACCAAAUGACUAUCCUUCAGAAUCAGAAUGGAGAGCUAGACUACUGAUGGAACAAUCUUCUGCUAUCAAAUGCCCCCCAAUAUCUUAUCAUUUGGUUGGCACCAAAAAGAUUCAACAGGAACUUGCAAAUCCUGGUGUUCUUGAGAGGUUCAUUGAAAACAAAGACCACAUUGCCAAAUUACGUGCAUGCUUUGCAGGAUUGUGGAGUUUGGAAGACUCGGAUAUUGUUAAGAAAGCAAUUGAAAAUCCAGAGUUAUUUGUGCUGAAGCCCCAAAGAGAAGGAGGAGGAAACAAUAUUUAUGGUGAUGCUUUGCGGGAAACCCUCCUUAAAUUACAGGAAUCAGGCUCUCGAGAAGAUGCAGCUUACAUCCUUAUGCAGAGGAUAUUUCCAGCCUCUUCUCCAGCAAUUUUGGUGCGUAAUGGUAAUUGGGAUACGGGUCAUGUCAUUACAGAAGUUGGAAUAUUUGGUACUUAUUUAAGGAAUAAGGAUAAGGUUAUCAUUAAUAACGAAUGUGGCUAUAUGGUGCGUACAAAAAUAUCAUCAUCUUAUGAAGGUGGAGUUUUGCCUGGUUUUGGAGUGAUAGAUUCUGUAUACCUAACUUGAUAGAGCCAACCCUCCAAGUUCUCACUCCUGAUUGUUUGUAUCUCCGGAAACAGUGAAAGAAGAGGAGAGGCAUUGUUGUUUCUUUUAAAUUUUCCUAUGGGAUGGUGUCUUAUUAUCGAUUGUACUCAACAACCUGUUUGAUUCUAACUAAUAAUAAGGAUUGGAGCAUGCAAAUCUUUCCUUUUGAGAUAAAAUGGUAGGAAAUAAUUUCCUUUAACUAUUUCAGCUCUCAGACAAUGGCUGCCAUGGAACGAUAUUCGGCCUGACCAGAUAAGUGCAAAAUCGUGGAUUGCUUCUUUGUUUUUCAAGAAAUUGGGAGAGUUACCCAAAUGAACAAACUGUUCUAAGUUCUAACAUGCCCUCUUUUGCCUCUUUUUGGCUUUUGGUAAUAUGGAAAGGACUGUUUUUGGAGAUUAUGUACUUAUUUGGUUA